AUGACUAUGUUGGCAAAGCAAUCAAAUGAACUUCAGUCGUUUGUGCGGGAAAAUGGUCUGGAUAAACGGUCUAUGAAGUGGCAGAAGUUAGAUGCAGAAGAAACUAGUACAUGCAUUACAUUUCCUAAACUCAAGGAAGACGAAAUCAGAGAGCUAACGAUUGGCGUGUAUCAGCUAAAAACAGCAAAAUCUUACUCAUCGGAGCAUUUUACAGACGAUGGAUCAUUUGAAGUUCUUGUCAGCAAUGAGAUUCCUAACAUCAUUAGUGCUAGAAUCCAAAGCCGCCAUGUUAGUUCUAAAAAGUACAGUCUUUGGGUAAAAUAUGACACUUCAAUCCUCUCAUGGUAUUGUACUUGUAAAAAUGGAGCCCGUGUAGUAGGCAUGUGUGGGCAUAUUGCGUGUGUUAUUUGGUUUUUAUCGUAUGCCAGGCAUCAAAAUGAAGAAGUCCGUGAAUUUGGAGUUCGAGACUGGACAGAAUUGGUAGAAGAUGCAGCUAGAACUGUUGACUUUUCUGACAGUGAAGAUGAGGUUCUAGUGGAGAAUCAGGAGGAGUAG